AUGGCAUCCCAGGCUCCACCCAACGCCGUAACCGUCUCCCUCAAAGACCUGCAAUCCAACAACGUAACCCUCGCAACCCUCGAAUCAGCCUUCGGCCCCGACUCCCUCGGCAUCAUCAUCGUCACCGAUCUCCCACCCCGAUUCCCAGCCUUACGACGAAGAGUUCUCAGCUCAAGCAGCUACCUCGCCAACCUCCCCCAGCACGAACUGUCCAAACUCGAGAACCCAGCCGCCAACUACGCCGUCGGCUGGUCCUGCGGUAAAGAAACGCUCGCGGACGGCCGCUACGACACGCUUAAAGGCUCGUACUACGCUCAGCCGAUCCAUUCGCCGGAUGGAGCGUUAGAGGCGAAAGCUAAGCAGCUGUAUCCCGAGGUACCGGAGUUUACGUCUGAGAAUGUGUGGCCGGAGGAGGGUGUGCUGCCGGGGUUUGAGGGGGCUUUCGAGGAGCUGUGUCGGUUGGUUGUGGAUGUGGCGGCGGUGGUGGCGGGAUGUUGUGAUCGGUAUGGGGUGGAGAAGUUGGGAGGGUAUAGGGAGGGCACGUUGGAGGGGAUUGUGAGGGGGAGUGUGUGUACUAAGGCGAGGUUGUUGCAUUAUUUCCCGCCUCCUGCUACUACGGCGGGAUCGGAGGCUGGAGAUGGAGACGCGAGACCCGAUUCAGCGAUGGGGGUUGACGACGACUGGUGCGCCUCGCACAAGGAUCUUGGAGCGCUCACCGGCCUGACCUCGCAGAUGUUCGUCGACGAAUCCCUCCACCCCCCGCACCCGACCUCCUCCAACACUUUCCCCGACCUCGAAGAAAUGGACUCCCACCCUGACCCCGCCGCCGGCCUCUGGAUCGAAGACCGCAGCGGACGCCGCACACAAGUCCAGAUCCCCCGCGACGCGCUGGCUUUCCAGACGGGCGAGGCUUUGGAGGUUAUCACGAGGGGAGCGUUCAAGGCUGUGCCGCAUUUUGUGCGGGGAGGCAAGGGGGGAGGGAAGGUGGCGAGGAAUACGCUUGCGGUGUUUACGCAGCCGAAUUUGUGGGAGGUUGUGGAGGAGGGGACGGGGAGGACUUUUGCGGAGAUGGGGGUGGUGAAUUUGAGGGGGAAGGUUUGA